CUCUCAUUCGUUCCCUCCCCUCCCUGCUUUUGAAGAACUCCCUCUUUGCAACCAGAUACAAAGCUUUUUGCUUGCCCUCUCCCGAAAAACCCUAGUUUCCUUUCCCCCCCUCCAUCCUUCCUCCAUUGAAAAGGACACCCACUUAAACAUGCCGAGAGAGAUCAUCACCCUGCAAGUGGGACAAUGCGGGAACCAGAUUGGGAUGGAGUUCUGGAAGCAGCUUUGCCUCGAGCAUGGCAUCAGCAAAGACGGCAUUCUCGAGGAUUUCGCUACUCAGGGAGGUGACAGGAAAGACGUGUUCUUUUAUCAAGCUGAUGACCAGCACUAUAUACCACGAGCUUUGCUGAUCGAUUUGGAACCCAGAGUGAUAAAUGGAAUUCAGAAUGGCGAAUAUAGGAAUCUCUACAACCAUGAGAACAUCUUUGUUGCAGAUCAUGGUGGGGGUGCUGGAAAUAACUGGGCCAGUGGAUAUCAUCAGGGUCAAGGGGUCGAAGAAGAUAUAAUGGACAUGAUAGACAGAGAAGCUGAUGGGAGCGAUAGUCUUGAGGGUUUUGUCCUUUGUCAUUCAAUUGCCGGUGGAACAGGCUCAGGUAUGGGCUCAUAUCUGCUGGAGACUCUGAAUGACCGUUAUAGCAAAAAAUUGGUGCAGACAUAUAGUGUAUUUCCUAACCAGAUGGAGACAAGUGAUGUGGUUGUUCAACCGUACAACUCUCUGCUAACACUCAAGAGACUGACACUCAAUGCUGAUUGCGUCGUCGUUCUUGACAACACUGCCCUCAAUAGAAUUGCAGUGGAGCGCCUGCAUUUGUCUAAUCCUACUUUUGCUCAAACAAACUCUUUGGUAUCUACUGUGAUGUCUGCCAGCACAACGACACUGAGGUAUCCUGGUUAUAUGAACAACGACUUGGUUGGUCUUCUUGCUUCUCUAAUUCCAACACCAAGAUGUCAUUUUCUCAUGACAGGAUAUACACCACUUACGGUGGAAAGACAGGCUAAUGUUAUCCGUAAAACUACUGUAUUAGAUGUCAUGAGAAGGCUCCUACAGGUAAAUGAUGCUGUCUUUUGCCAGACAAAAAAUAUCAUGGUUUCGUCAUAUGCGAGGACAAAAGAAGCUAGUCAAGCCAAGUACAUUUCAAUAUUAAACAUCAUCCAAGGGGAGGUAGACCCUACGCAGGUCCAUGAGAGUUUGCAGAGGAUUCGUGAGAGGAAGCUUGUUAACUUUAUUGAGUGGGGCCCGGCGAGUAUACAGGUUGCCUUGUCAAGGAAGUCUCCAUAUGUCCAGACUGCACAUAGGGUAAGUGGUCUCAUGUUAGCAAGCCAUACCAGUAUCCGGCAUCUCUUCGACAAAGUUGUGUUCCAGUACGCCAAGUUGAGAGGGAAGCAAGCUUUUCUUGAUAACUACAGGAAGUUUCCAAUGUUUGCUGACAAUGACCUUUCCGAGUUCGAUGAAUCAAGGGAAAUAAUCAGUAGUUUGAUUGAUGAAUAUAAGGCUUGUGAAUCUCCUGACUAUAUCAAGUGGGGAAUGGAGGAUCCUGACCACCUCCUGACUGGUGAUGGCAAUGCUUCAGGAUCUGUGGAUCCAAAAUUAGCAGUUUGAAUAUUCUAAAUCGUGAGUUGAACUCAAAUUUCCCACGCAUCCUAUAUACUCUAGUAAGAACAGAAGUAAUUUUGGAAUAGCAGUUGAUACCUAGGUUAGCGUCUUUUCAUUAUCAAUAUCAAUAGAGUAACUAGCUUGGAUGUUCAUUUGCAGGGGAUGUAACGAGACGUUAAUAGAAGCGCAAUGGGGAAGAGGAGCACGUAUUUAUGCACAUAUUUACUUUGUUGGGUUGUUUCUGUUUGUUGGAAGCUUUGAGCAAACGUGUGGUUGUAUGUACUUUGGGGUCUCGAGAAAUCAGUCAAGUACUGGUGUCCUCUGUCCUGAUUCCUGAAUGUAGGUCUAGAUCAUAACUUCUGUAAUGCAUUUGCAGUAAAAUUGUCCAGAAAUGCCAUGGCUAGCCAUCUUAAAAUUCCCUUUUCCCAAAGUGGUAUGCAGUUUCAUAGUUCAGACCUAUCCUAAUGCCCGAUAUGAAAUUCAAAU